CGUUGGCUCUCUUUCCCUACGUCUAGUAAAAUAAAUAUUAAGUAUAAGUGAAAUUUAAUUAAUUGCAAGUCAAUCAAUAGCUGUGCGUGGAUUGCAAGCGUAAAGCAAAUGUUACUUAAACUGGCGUGGCGCAGCUGGAGGGUAGAGUGCCAAGGAAUUUGAAUUUGGAUCACGCUGGCUGUUAGUGAAAUUUUUGUUGUUGAAGCAGAAGCAGAAGCAGCAGCCACUGCCACCCCCUUUCCAAACUAAGCACACACGUACACAUAAACAAAUGCGAGAUGUUGAGGCUGUGUAUAAAAUAUUAGCGAGAAUAUUAAACAGUUAACGGCAGGCAAAAUUUAUGCUAUUGUAAACAACAGACUUUGAGGUCAGAGCCUAAAAUUAUUCAAAACGGAACAGCUGGUGAAUGCAAAUAGCUCCCGAGUCAGUUUAUCAAGAGCGUGUGCAAUGGCAACAAGUCGUAGCGAAUGCGAACAGCAGGAAGCGCAGCCGACAUCGGCGCCGCCUACGUCAACAACACAGCUGCUAUGGCAACGACAGGCGAACGGCGAUGCCGGUCACGAGACUAGCACAACGACAGCAACAACGAGCACGUCAAAUGGCAAAGUGGCGACAGCAGCCACGAUCAACAGUUCAGGCACAUUUAUGAAGCUAAAAACCUAUUUAUUGGCCUUGCGGCCUUGGUCAUUGUCCGCUAGUUUAAUGCCAACGCUGCUUGGCUCGGCGCUGGCCUAUCGCUCCCAAUGGGCGGCCGAAUUUAGCAUGCUCACCUUCUUCCUGACUGCUUUCACAGUCACUGCCGUGCACUGUGCCGGCAAUGUGGUCAACACUUAUUUUGAUUUCAUCAAAGGCAUCGAUAAACAAAAGGCUGACGAUCGCACGCUGGUCGAUCACAUACUCACCAAGGAUGAGGUGGUUUCACUGGGCGCUAUCCUUUAUAUGGCCGGCUGCGGCGGCUUUGUGCUGCUUGCCGUGCUAAGUCCUGCUAAAAUGGAACAUCUUGCGCUCAUCUACUUUGGCGGACUAUCUUCGAGCUUCUUAUACACUGGCGGCAUUGGUUUCAAGUAUAUAGCGCUGGGGGAUUUAGUUAUACUGGUGCUUUUCGGACCAAUCUCAGUGCUAUUCGCAUUCAUGUCACAAACGGGACACGUAGACUGGACGACAAUGGGCUAUGCCAUACCGCUGGCGCUCAAUACGGAGGCCAUACUGCAUAGCAACAAUACGCGCGAUGCGGAAAGCGAUGGCAAGGCGGGUAUCGUAACGCUGGCCAUACUCAUCGGACGCACUGCCUCACAUGUGCUCUACGCAUUGCUGCUCUUCACACCCUAUUCGCUGUUCUUCAUCUUUGGCUUCAAGUACUCGCUGUGGUUUCUAUUACCGCUCACGACGCUGCCGCAAGCAUUUCAAAUCGAGAAACGUUUUCGCAAUGAGCAGACCAUGCACAUGGUGCCCAAGCAGACGGCCAAGCUGAACUUCUUCUUUGGCAUACUGUAUAUAGUUGCCUGCUGCUGUGCGCAUCAGUUACCCACAUUUGUCUGGCGCAAGCACUAGAUAGUAAAGGAGACUCAAACAACAAUACAGCUGCAACAUUUUUAGGGCAUUGCUUUAGUUUGUGAAUGUCAUGUAAUGUUUUGUUUUUAUUUUUUGCGUUUUGUUAGUGUAUGUCAUUUGUAAUUUUGUCUCAAUAUUUAGCUGUUGCACAAGAUUUUGAACUGCUUUUGCUAGUCUCCUAGUCUCUAAAGCUCUAAUACUAAAAACUCUUACUUAAACCUAAUCCUAGAACUGAACAUAUCCUAUUUGGGCCAAUGUGCCCGAUGUUAACUCACUUUUAUUUAUUUCACAUGAGCCUCUAACUCACAAAAAAAUCGAAAAAAAAGCAAAACAAAUACUAUAUAGUUUAUAAUCGUACUCUUCCUCUUGCACAUUGGAAUUAUGGACCAAGAAAUGUUGUAGCGUCAGCAUGUGCAACAUUUAGUAAACAUAAUGAAAUCAUUCAAUGGCCUAGUAGUAUGCAUACAUACUUACAAACAAAGUUAAAUGUUACUUUAUAGAAGAAUGCUUGAACAUAUGCAAUUAGGUUUAGGAGAAAUUAACCGAUGUUGGCUUUGCUUUUGGUGUAUUGAAAAAUUGUUAGCGUUUUUACAUACAUACAAACAUAUUUAUAUACACGAAACAUACAUAAAUACAUUCAUACAUAUAUACAUUUGUAAUUUGUAAUUAGCUGAUGUAAGCCCAGUGGUCUAGCAGCAGGCUCAAGAGUGAGAAUAUUUCAAUUUUUUUAAGUGAAAAUCAAAAACAUAAACAAUAUAUCAAGUAAUAAGCAAAUU